AUGGGAACUGUUCCUAUACCGAGAACAAAAAAUGAUGACGUUAUUCAAGGAAAAUCAUUAUUAAAUGAUCAUAUAUUGGUUCAAGACCUUUCCGGUAUUCAUCUUGCAGAAGUUUCCCUUAAACCACAUUUUGGACCUUAUUACGGAGUAAAAGGUACAAAUAGUAUUUAUAAUCCACGAGUUGACACCAAGUUUCAAAUCUCUAUGUCUCAUUUAUGGGUUCAAAAUGGUCCGAUAGAAUCAACUAACAAAAUCUCAUUAGGAUGGCAUGUGAUUCCACAACUAUAUGGUGAUUAUGGAACACACUAUUUUACCUCGUGGACGUCUGAUAACUACAAGAAGACAGGAUGCUACAAUAUUGAAUGUGCAGGUUUUGUUCAAACUAGCAAAGAAUUAUAUCCUGGUAUACGCCUCGGCAACCUAUCUGUCUAUGGAGGACCAACUUAUGCAGCUUCCCUUUCUAUUUCUCAGGAUAAAGUGACAAAAAAUUGGUGGAUAAGUAUAGAAAACAAGUUUAUUGGAUAUUUUCCAGCAAAAUUGUUUUCGAACAUGAGCUCAGCUGAUGAAGUAGGAUGGGGUGGAAGAACAAGAACUCAUCCUGGUACCCAUAGUCCUCAAAUGGGGUCUGGAUAUUUCCCUGAUAAUAAUGUUUCUCACGCUUGUUUCUUCAAACAAAUUUCGAUUCAACAUUCAUCAAGAAAAAGUCAUGGACCUAAAUCAUAUGAAACUCAUUCCUUUAGUGACAAUCCCAAUUGUUAUGAUGUUCGAUACUAUGGUGAUACAGGACCCUACUACGGUUAUACUCUCUUAUUUGGAGGACCCGAUGGUAAUUGUGGUACUUAA